AUGCCUCCAGCCAAAUCCCCUUCAAGGGCUAGAGGAGGGAAGCAGAAAGCGGUGACGAGAAAGACAGACAAAAAAGAAUCAGUUCCCCCUAAAAGAGGAGGAAAGACAGAUUCUCAAAUACUCUCAAAUAAUAAUGAAAGUGAGAAAAGAAAAGACGAUCAAUUUACAAAGGAAGAGACAACAGGGAAAGCGAAGAACAAAAAAGAGAAGAAAACUGGGAAAAGUGACCAAACCGAGGAACCAGAGGAAGAGAUAGAGACCUCUAGGCAAAUAGCUAAAGCAAGAAAGCAAAAUGGCAAAGUCUUACCUGCCAAGGGAACUAACUUACCAGCUAAGGGGAAAGCUGUCAAAUCAAAACCUGACCAGAAAAAAAAUACAGCCAAAACUCAUGCAAAAGUUGCGAGAAGGAGGGGUGCUAAAGUGGUAGAAGAGGAUGAAUCGGAGAGUGAGAAAGCAGAGAGCUCAGAACAAGAGAGUGAUGAAGAAGGAAAGGAUGACAAGAAGGAGGGGUCAGAUUGCCCAGAGAACACCACUGAGAUAGACACAAGUGUACUCAGUGGUGAAGAAGAACUGUCAGGUGUAGAUAAAAUAACAGAAGGGGAGGAAGAGGACGAUGUAGGGAUAAAAACAGAAGGGGAGGACGAUGAUUAUGUAGGGGGAAAAACAGAAGAGGAGGAAAAGGAAGAGGAGAAGAAAAGUGAGACAAAUGACAAUCCCGAUGUGCCUUCUGAAAGCAGAACCAAAGAAGAAGCUGAGAAGGAAACUGUUAGCAGUGCAGAAGAAGAAGACGACUCCGAGGAGGUACUGAGCGAUACGAGAGAAGAGAGCACACAGAGAGAGACAGCCCAUUCGUCAAAGAAACCAGGACCGCUAAACCUGACAGUUCAUCUCCAGGGGCAGAAAAAGAUGUUAAAAUCUAAGAUACUACUAAAGAAGGGGCCUUCUAGAGGAGAGGAGCCUAAAGACGAUUCUGUGCCCUCAAAAGGAAUCCAUAUUAAAGGAAUGGCUCUCUCCAAAGGUGGAGCUGCUAAAGGUAAGUCUCAAAUUCUACAGUUGGCAAGUAAAACAAAGACAAUGAGCAAGACCGAGGAAGAGCAGGCAGUACCACCAACAAAAGGUCCCAAAGGUCUUCUGAACAAACAGUCUCGCAUGCUGUUUUCAAUGAAAGGAAAAGAUAAAAGCAAGAAGGCCAAAGAGCAACCUCCAAAAUAUGCAUUUGAAGAUGCUGUUGAAGAGCCAAGUCAAGAUUCAUCUGAGAAAAUAGUGGCAGACAUAGUUGAGCCUGAGCCUGAGCCUGAGGAAAACAUGCCUUCAAAGUCAACAGAGCGUUUAUUAGCCCGGAAAAGAGGCAUGACAACGUUGCGGCGCGUCUCAGGAUGGAUUCAAAAGAAGAUGCCAAAGGGUUUGCAUGUUCGAAGAAAAUUAUCAGCAGUCACCCAAGCAAUUGGGAUCUCAAAAUGGCUACCUGCUUUGGUAGUGAAGAAGAGGACCAGCAGCACCAAGUCCAAAAAGAGUCUCAUCCGACAAAAGAUGCUUAUGAAAAUGGCAAAUGGUGGAAAAUCAAAAAUGGAAGUAUUAGCCUCCAAGGAUUCCAAGACAGAUGAGGCUAUUAAGGCUGACCAGGGUGACUCCUCCGAUGAACCUUGUUCCUCUCCACAAGACAUAGAGGAAAAGGCCAACUCAGGAGAUGCUAAAUAUGCAAUUGUGUUCCCAAGGAUGAACAAAAUUGGCAAGACUAAUGAAGCCUCUGUUCCCUCUGCUAGCACCAGCACAGGCGUGACAGAGCGUAAACCACCAAAACCUGGUGCCCGUCUGGUCCUUCCAGUCAAACCAGACCUCAGCCUACUAAAGUCCAUUAAAAAAAACACUCAGGAGAGUAAAAGUGAUAAGAAUGGCAGCACAAACUCUCAAGUGUUUGAAGGGCAGCCUGAGGUCAAAGCAGACAAAAAAGAUCCAAUAUCAGGCAUUAAAGAAGGUACAAGUAUAAUACAAGCCGCCAAGGGAAAACUUGGGGGAUCACAAGUAAAUAUCACCAAGUUGUCAAUAUCUAAACCUUUGCUUAAUGGUAUAAGCAUGGGGCAGAGCAAAGAAGUGGAGAGAAAUCUUAGGAAUACAGAUGUUUCAGCAGAACCUGAGACAUGGAGGAAUGGAGUAAUGCAACCUUCUUAUGAGGAGGAGGCAGACCGAGAGGUGGCCGAACUGAUGGGUGAGGGUCUUUUACCCUCUGAUAUUGAGCUACACUGGGCUCAGACUCAGCAAAUGUGUGGUGAUCCCCAAGACUGGCUACGUUCGGAAAACCUCCUGCCCCAUCAAACGGUGGAGAAGCUUACUAAAUGGACAGUGUAUCAAGAUGAUGAGCAUGCCCACAUCAUACCAGUCCAUAAUGGAAGAGGCCCAUGGGAAUCUGAAGAUCCAACCCAAAAUAUGCUAGAGGAGAGACUUAACAGCACGCAAGUAAUGAUGCCAGGAAACAGCCAAGCUGUGGAGGUGGAUGAAGUGGAAGAUUUGGCACAGCUGGAAGAGGUGUGUGAGAGUUCUGUUCUGCUGAAUUUGAAGAAGCGGUUUCAUCGGGAUUCAAUUUAUACGUAUAUUGGUGAUAUGCUCCUUUCCAUCAACCCCUUCAAGCCUCUCAGCAUCUACACUGAGGAUCUAAGACAGCAGUACCAGGGUAAAGAGAAGCACAAUAAUCCACCUCAUAUAUAUGCCACAGCAGAUGCUGCGUUUUGCCAAUCUCAGGAUACCACCCAAGAGCACUGCAUCAUCAUAAGUGGGCAAAGUGGAUCAGGCAAGACAGAGGCUGCCAAGCUCAUUGUGCAUUACCUGAGUUCCAUGUAUCAAGGCAGAAAUGAUAAAUUACGACAGCCAAUGGAUGUUUUACCCAUUCUUGAGAGCUUCGGUAAUGCCAAGACAAUAUUAAACAACAACUCUAGCCGAUUUGGAAAGUACCUACACAUCCAUAUACGCCAUGGUGUUGUUGUCGGAACAUCUUUAUCAAAAUAUCUCCUUGAAAAGUCAAGAAUCGUCUUCCAGGCUAAGGAGGAGAGAAACUACCAUGUGUUUUAUGAACUGUUGGCUGGGAUGAAUGAUUGGGACAAGCAGGAUCUUUACCUGCAAGGAGCCGAAACUUACUUCUACCUCAACCAGGGCAGGGCUUGUGAGCUACAAGGGAAGCAUGACAAGCAAGACUUCCUGCUUUUGGUCCACUGCAUGGAGACCAUUGGUUUACAUGCAGAUCAACUUGCAAACAUUUGGGCCAUUCUGUCAUCCAUCCUGCAGCUGGGCAACAUUUGCUUCAGCUCCUACGAGAGUGAAUCGUUUGAGGUUGCCCGUAUUUUUAGUGAAGCCGAAGCUCGGAGAGUGGGAAACCUCCUGCAGGUGUCUGCUGAGGCCUUGCAGACGGUCAUCACACACCGGGUGACUGAAACAACUUAUGAUAGGAUAUACUGCCCUCUAUCUGUGGAAAGUGCCAUUGAAUCCAGAGAUGCUAUUGCCAAGAUGUUGUACUCUGUGCUGUUUGACUGGAUUCUUGAACGCAUCAAUGAGUGGUUGAUCCCCACAGAGAUGGACAGCACUGUUGGGAUUGUGGAUAUAUACGGCUUUGAGGACCUGAAUGUAAACAGUUUCGAGCAGCUGUGCAUAAACUUUGCCAAUGAGCAGCUGCAACAGUUUGUGAACAAAGCCCUGGUUGCCCAAGAGCAGGAGGAAUACAGCAAAGAGCAGAUUCAAUGGUAUCCAAUCAUUUUGGAAGACUCUAAUGGCUGUCUGGAUCUCAUCUCAGCACGGCCUUAUGGAAUCCUUCGCAUCCUGGAUGACCAGACUUGCCUUCCUCAAGCUACAGACCACACAUUCUUGCAGAAAUGUCACUAUCACCAUGGCAACAAUCCCUACUACACCAAGCCCAAAAUUCCUCUGCCAGUGUUCACAAUAUAUCACUAUGCAGGCGCUGUCACGUACCAGGUGCACAACUUUCUAAAUAAAAAUCACGAUCAGUUUCGUCCAGAAGUAUUAGAGUUAUUUGCCCGCAGUCGUUUACAGAUGGUGUCGGGUCUCUUCCGGAAGGUUCAAGAGCGCUACGUCCAACAGAAAGAGUUGGGAAGAGCAAGAGGUUACCGGAACCAGAUGUCAACAGUAGCUGCUCAUUUCCAGCAGUCACUUAUAGAGCUCACCACUCGUUUGGAGAGGUGUAAAACUACAUUUAUACGAUGCUUUAAGCCAAACUAUGUUAAGCUUCCGGGCAUAUUUGAUAUAGACUACAUAACAACACAGCUUAGACAUGGAGGGAUACUGGAGACCAUUCACAUACGAAAAGAAGGAUUUCCUAUUCGGAUCCCGUUCGCUCUGUUCAUGGAGAGAUAUGGUGUACUAUUGGCCCAGAGACCUGCACAUCAGUCUUGUAAAGAGCAAGUAGUGACUUUACUGGAGACCAUAGGAGCAGAGGAAGGCCAGUACCAACUAGGACUCACUAAAGUUUUUAUUAAGGAGAGUCUGUAUCAGCGGGUGGAGGAAAAAUGGAGUAGCACCCAAACAUGGGCGGCGGUGACCAUCCAGAGAAACAUCCGAGGCUUCAUCUGCCGGAAAAACUUUCGUUUCUUUAAACAGAAGGCUAUCGUCAUUCAGUCCCACAUCAGGGGCCACCAGGCUCGGAAGUACUACAAGAAAUUAAAGCAGUCCUUCACUCAGUUCUGGGCAGCUAUGAUGAUCACCAGAGACACCAUCAAGAGACGUCAUUGGAGGUGCGUCAUGGGCUGUUUAAGAGUGUGUACACAUGUAAGAAAUAUCAGAGUUAGUUCUUUUGUUUGGGGAGGAGCGAGUCAAGGGAGGGUCUUCUUAGGAUAUAAAAGAAGGCCAGCUGCUAAGAAUAGUCAUGUUUACCUUUGCAUACGAUGUCGUGGACAGGAACAUACUGAUAGAACCAGAGUGAAGGAAGCAGCGAAACCAACAUCUUCCUCUUCAGAGAUGGAUGUGGGAAUAUUGGAGAUCCCGGCAGACCUGUCGGCCAGAUUACGCAGUGCAGCAGGACGUCCUCAAGGAUCAGGAGUAACAGAAGUAGCUUUGCCACAGGUCAAAGCAGAACACAACCUCUCAUUGCCCCAAGACAUUGACAGACAUCCUUUCUCCCAAUAUGCCAACACAGUCCUGAAGGACGGAUGGUGCCAACCGCAAGGUUUUCCGCUUCAAAAGCCCCUGACAUCUCUGAAUCCUGAUGAUGCUCGUACGGCUCUAGAAAUCUACAAACUGAUCCUGCGUUUCACAGGCGACUCUGAUCUGACAGGAUGGCAAGAGCAGAUGUUGGGGAACUAUAUUGUGGAGAAGAGUCAAUUACGGCCCAGCAUCAGAGAUGAGAUUCUAGCACAACUUGUGUACCACACUUGGGACGGGGAUAAUGAAGAGAGUGCCCUGCGGGGCUGGUUACUCCUGGCCUGCUGUCUGAGUGCCUUCACACCCUCUCCUGCCUUGGAGAAACCCCUGCUCAAGUACGUGUCAGACCGCGGUCCUGGGGAGUAUCGCUCUCUGUGCCAGCACAAGCUCCUCACAUCCCUGCAGCUCCCCUCUCCUGCCUGCAGACGACACCCUCCGAGUCAACUCGAGUGGACAGCCAAUCAGAGGAAAGGAAAGAUGGUGGUGGAGGUUAACACUUUCAAUGAGGAAAGGUUAAAUGUGGAGGUGGAUUCUUGGACCACAGGAGAAAAAUUGGCCUCUUGGCUUCUUAGCUACAGGGGUCUUAAAGAAGCUACACGAGGCUGGUCUGUGUCUCUGCUGGCUGGGGAGGGCUGGACUGACCUAGCUGGCUGUGAUUUUGUAAUGGAUCUCUUGGCUGGAGUUGAGACUGAUGUGCCUUUGGGUCACCCACCCGCUCAAACUGAUUACCUCUUUAGCAACACAGGUGACAGCAUGGCAACCACCGACCUGGAUGACUUUAUACCACCUGCUCCCUCAAUGCAAGCCCCUGGACUCCCCUCCUUUGAAGCAUCCCCUUGGGACACCUAUGAACCCUCUUCUGCGUCCCAGAGAUCUCGAGGUCGACAGAUGGAUGCUUAUGUUGAUGACCUCUUUGAUCCCGUGUUUGAUCAGGGUCCUCCGGACUUUGAACGGAUGGCUAUGCUGAAUCGUAGAAUGAGAGGAGGCGGUGGUAUGAUGCCCAGCAUGUACACCGGAGCAGGAAUGCCAAUGAAUCCUGCCAUGGCUGGCUAUGGUGCCACACCAAUGAUGCCAAACAUGAACAUGAUGCCUACUAUGCCCAUGAUGCAACCAAUGCAACCUAUGAUGAUGCCAACCGCCAUGCCACAAGUCAUGCCUGCCCCCGCACCACCCAUGCCUGCUGCAGCUCCAGCUGUCGACUCACAGCAAAUGGCUGCUCAGCAGCAGGCCUUUAUCAAUCAACAGGCUCUUCUUCUGGCUCAGCAGAUGACAAUGCAGGCGAUGACGUUGUCACAGAAGCAGCAGCAGGAAGAGAUGAGAAAACGUGAGAAAGAGGCAAAGAGAGAGUCACCACGUCAGCGGCGACGCUCUCCUCCACGUACACGUACGCGUUCACCUUCACACUCACGCUCACCCUCACCCAAACCCCGAAGCCGCCCACAGGAAGAAAGAACCGUUUCUAAGACCCCCAAAAAAGACCCAGAAACUCUUCCAAAGCCACGUAGUCCAGAGGCGCAGCCUGAGGCAGAGGUGGAUCUCAGGGCCCCAGAAGAUCAAGGGUCCUUUCAGGAGAAGAGGAAUUUUUUCCAAAAGAUUGGAACAUCAGAAGCACGCCCAAAGUCUACACCAAAGGUUGCUAAGCCACUGAUAUACGCCACUCCGCCGGAGGUGACCCAACCCAAAUCACCUCCACCAGUACAGACUGAAGUGGAAUCACCUAACAACCAAUCCAUCCCAGAACCUCCUAACAUCCAAACACCUGAACCAGAAUCUCCAGAACCCACAUCUCCUAAACCAGAGCCUACUAGUAACAUUAGAGAGAUCAUCAAGCGGUACCAGAGCCGGCCCUCUCCAGAACCUAAAGCCUACGAGCCUGUCAGGGUUCCCGCCAAGCACUUUGUAAAGAAAAAUGACCCAAAAGAAGAGGCACUGGCCAUUCUCAAAGCUCAGGGACCUGUCUCUAACCAGAAGAAACAGUGGGAACAGAAGCCUCCUUCUCCUUCUAAGUCACCUGAGUCCCAUGGCCCUCGUGAAAUUUCUAACGACAUGAAGCAGAAGCAGCGCUCACUUGCUGACCUCUUCGGCUCACAGCGUUCACAUGCUCUGCCUCGAGCCCGUGAACCCAUCCCCGACCCACCACCAGUGCCUCCUCCUGUACCUAAUCAGUUCAACAAGAUGGUUGAGGAGGAGAGUGUUCGCUCUCAACUGCACAGAUUCUCUGCCAGCGUUUACUUUUCCUACCCCAGUAUGCCUGGCAAACUCUUCAUGCGCAAAGAGCUGUUUUAUCCCAGAGAAAAAUUCAAUCACCCAUACAUUCUUAAUUUACUCUGUGAGCAGAUCAUGCGAGACACUUACUCAGAUUCUUGUCUGAGGAUUUCACGUGAAGAAAGACGGAAAAUGAAAGAUCUUUUGGCAAGCUUCCAUAUCGGCACCAAUAUGACUUCACUAGAUGACACCCUGAAGAAAAGAAUUGUCAUGGCAGCAAGAGACAACUGGUCCAAUUACUUUUCACGUCUCUUUAAUGUGAAGGUGGGGAAUGGAGGAGAUGCUCAAAUACUGGGAGUGUCUCACAGAGGAAUCAGACUGCUGAAAGUGGCCAAAGCUUCAGGAAUAAACCCCAAACAUCUCAGACUACUUCACAGCUACAGUUUUUCACAGGUGCUGUCCGUACAGCAGCAAGGCGCUGAUAGAGUUGUGAUCUCUUUGAGUAAUGAAGAGCUGGAACUUCACUCUCAACAGGCACCACAGAUCGCUGCUGUGAUUCAUCUCUUCCUCACGGAGCUGAUUACGAACUCAGACUAUGUGAUUGCUGUGAAGAGCUAUGUGACAGAUGACAGGAGCUUGCUGAGCCUUCACAGAGGCGAUGUCAUCAAAAUCCUCAACAUGGACGGCCUCAAGGAUGGAUGGAUGUUUGGUUCCAGUGGGGGCCGUUCUGGACUCUUCCCGGUAGACGUCACUCAGCCUUGUGCCCCACCAGACUACCACAGCAGCAACAUGGAGCGGCAGCUCGAGCGGAAAAAGAGUAUGAGACUCACCGGCUCUUCUUCCGGUGUACCAGCCAAAGGCCCCGUCACCAACACACCUGCUAAUGGCCUCGUCUCCAACACCCCUGUGGCCCGCUCAGUAGCUAGCAGUGUAUACAGUGCUGAGGUGGGGUCCAUCCAGAAAUCUGAACCAGAUAACCAGCAGUAUAUCAUGGCUGAGUUUGCCAGGAAGUUCUUCGCAGACGCUAUCAGCAGGUGAAAUCUUCUGGAAAGCAGAGGAGUUUGCAUCAUGCUUCUCAAUCUUAAUGAGAUGGUGGAAUACACUGCAAAUCCUAUUCAGGAAUCACUGAUCCUUUUCUCAGACAAUGAUCUCAAUCGGCUGGGUGCUCAAAACUUCAUGGUUUUGAUGCAGUUUAUGAUGGAUCAACCAAUGAAGAAAAAUCAGACAGAGAGUGAUUGUGUUAACUCCAUUUUGCUGUUGGGACAAGAGAAGGAGUUCCUCAGGGAUGAGAUAUACUGUCAGGUCAUUAAGCAGAUCACGAAAAACCCAGUCAAGGAGAACUGUACCCGUGGCUGGCGUUUGUUCAAUCUUGUGACUGGAUUCUUCCCCUGUUCCAACACUCUCCUGCCGUAUUGCACUCGCCACCUGGAGGCCAUCAUUCAGGAUGCCAACCACCCUUUUCAAGAACUGGCAAGUUUGUGCUUGAACAAUCUCAGACGAUCACUCAGUUUCGGAGGACGCAGACACGUCCCUUCACAUUCGGAGAUGGAGGCCAUUUUGUCUGGGAGGAACUCCCGUCGGCUGCCCAUAAAGCUGCCCGGUGGAAGCGAAUUUACCUGCAAGAUUCGUAGCUUUAGCGUCGCAUUUGAGGUGGUACAAGACUUUUGCACUGAGAUGGGCGUCAUGAAUCCUGCAGAAGUGAAGGAGUUCUUUAUCCACGCCACUAAGAAAAAUGGUGAUGUGACACGACCAAUUCACUCCGAUGAGUAUCUUUUUGACUUCCUGCUGGACGAUGGCUCCAUCUCCCUCUCCUUUCAUCGAACAAUCUGGAAACAGCCCUUGCAGUUCGGCAAUGACUUUUAUCUGGAGUUCCACUACCAGCUGCUUGUGGCUCACUAUCUGGGAGGAAAGCUGUUGCUGCCCACGGACAGUGCUACAGUCUACCAGCAGGUGGCAGAGUUGACCGCUCUUCAGCACCUAGCUCUUGGGCAGACUGACCUACCCUCGAGCGCUGAGGUAAAGCAGUACCUUCCCCGGAUGGAUCAGCUCAACUCCGGUGACGAAAGACUUCUUGCUACUAUACGGGCACAGUUUUCUACCUUAGGCCCUCUCGGCCAUCUUGAUGCCAAAGCUCGCUUUAUCAAAAGCGUCAGCGUGCUGCCUUUCUUUGGCUUUGACGUGUUCACCGUUCAGAAAGUCAGUCAUCGCAGCUGCCCCUCUCCCUCGCUGGUCGCCGUCAACCAUGAAUUCAUCAAAAUCCUUGAUCCCAAAUCGAAGAACACAUGUUUGACGAUGUCUAUGGAGGACAUACAGUCUUUGCGCUCAAUCCGUCCAAAAAAAGACAAGCUGCCGUCAGUUGAGAUCAGCUUUAGCGGCCAAACUCAACCCAGGACUGUCAGCUUCGGUCUAAAGCAGGCGAAAGAGAUGUGCCACACCAUUGCUGUGAUUAUGGAAGAAGUGGUGAAACCCUCCUACAGCAGUUUGUCCAGUCGGUCCGGAACUCCACAUUAAACAACCAACAUAUUCAAACUUCGUCUAAUAUCCAUGACUUACUCUGAAGUUCAAAUAUGUCUCCUGCCAUAAAAUAUUGCAGUUGUUAUAUUUAAAAAAAAAAAAAAAAAAAAAAAAAGAUGUACAAAUGUUCAUGUAAGAUCGAGGUUAAUGCUUACAAAAUGUCAAAAUGUUUAAUUCAAUAUAGAGUUGUUCAGGGUUGUAAAGAGACUGUAUACAAUAUAUUUUGAGCUGUUUGGAAUGAACAUUAAUGAUUUAAUAAGCAUUAUUUCAUUUAAUAAUGUUUUUUAAACCAAUAUAUGUUUAAUUUAAAAUUACGAAUUUAUACCAACAAAUGGGGACGAAUUGUGAUUAUAUUUAUUAUAAGGCUGACCUAUUUUGUAUAUGUGUUAUAAUUAUGUUUAAUUGUUUGCCUCUAAAUAAAAGAAAACCAAUCAGUGAGUAAACUA